CCUGCAGGCGGGGACUGUCUCGGAGCCGGUGGCGGGAAAGGCUGCGGCGGGGGUGUUGGGGCCGCCGGCUGCCGGGGAUCCCGAGGACCCGCGGGGAGUGGGCCUCAUCAUUUCUGUCGCCCCCUAGCCUUCUCUCUCCACUGGUCGCCCCACUGGUGUAUGGACUUGUACAUGAUGAAUUGUGAACUCCUCGCCACAUGCAGUGCCCUUGGGUACUUGGAGGGAGACACAUACCACAAAGAACCAGAUUGCUUAGAGAGUGUGAAGGAUUUGAUCCGCUACCUGAGACAUGAAGACGAGACUCGAGAUGUGCGGCAGCAGCUGGGGGCCGCCCAGAUCCUUCAGAGCGACCUCCUGCCCAUCCUUACCCAGCACCGCCAGGACAAGGCGCUUUUUGAUGCUGUCAUCAGGCUGAUGGUGAACCUGACGCAGCCAGCUUUGCUCUGCUUUGGCAGUGUUCCCAAGGAACCUAGCUUCCGCCAUCAUUUUCUGCAAGUGUUAUCUUACUUACAAGCCUAUAAGGAGGCUUUUGCCAGUGAAAAGGCUUUCGGAGUCCUCAGUGAGACCUUGUAUGAGCUGCUGCAGCUGGGCUGGGAGGAACGGCAGGAAGAAGACAACCUGCUGAUUGAGAGGAUCCUGCUGCUGGUCAGGAAUAUUCUCCACGUUCCAGCUGACGUUGAUCAGGAGAAGAGGAUUGAUGACGACGCCAGUGUCCAUGACCGGGUUCUCUGGGCGAUUCACCUCAGUGGCCUGGAUGACUUGCUGCUUUUCCUGGCCAGCUCAUCUGCCGAGCAGCAGUGGAGCCUUCAUGUCCUGGAGAUUAUUUCCCUUAUGUUUCGUGACCAGAAUCCUGAGCAGCUGGCAAGAGUUGGGCAGGGACGCCUAGCCCAGGAGAGGAGCACAGAUGUGGCAGAACUAGAGGUGUUACGCCAACGUGAGAUAGCAGAGAAGAAGAGCCGAGCCCUUCAGCGGGGCAACAGGCACUCUCGAUUUGGGGGCUCCUACAUUGUCCAAGGGCUGAAAUCCAUUGGCGAGAGAGACCUGAUCUUUCACAAAGGUCUCCACAAUCUCCAAAAUUACAGUUCAGAUUUGGGAAAGCAACCCCGAAGGGUGCCUAAGCGGCGCCAGGCUGCCCGGGAGCUGUCCAUUCAGCGCCGCUCUGCCCUCAACGUGAGGCUGUUCCUCAGAGACUUCUGCUCAGAGUUCCUGGAGAACUGUUACAACCGGCUCAUGGGCUCUGUGAAGGAUCAUCUCCUUCGGGAGAAGGCUCAGCAGCAUGAUGAGACCUACUACAUGUGGGCCUUGGCUUUCUUUAUGGCUUUCAACCGAGCUGCCUCCUUCAGGCCAGGCCUGGUUUCUGAAACCCUCAGUGUCCGGACCUUCCACUUCAUUGAGAAGAACCUCACCAACUACUAUGAAAUGAUGCUGACAGACCGCAAGGAAGCUGUCUCCUGGGCACGCCGUAUGCACUUGGCUCUGAAGGCCUAUCAGGAGCUUCUGGCCACAGUGAAUGAGAUGGACAUGUCCCCAGAUGAGGCUGUGAGGGAGAGCAGUCGAAUCAUCAAGAACAACAUUUUCUAUGUGAUGGAGUACCGAGAACUCUUCCUGGCACUUUUUCGAAAGUUUGAUGAAAGAUGUCAGCCCCGCUCUUAUCUCCGUGACCUGGUAGAAACUACUCACCUCUUCCUCAAGAUGUUGGAGAGGUUCUGUCGGAGCCGAGGAAAUCUGAUGGUGCAGAACAAACGUAAGAAGAGAAAGAAGAAAAAGAAGGCCCCCCAGCCACCCAUUGCAUCCGGUCCCGUCCCCUGUAGCCCAGAGGAGCUGGACACUGUGUGGCCACCCUUGGCUGAGCAACUGCAGUGCUUUGCCCAGGACCCUGAGCUCAGUUUGGAGGACUCCUUGGUUCCCUUUGAUGCGGCCUCAGAGGUGCCAGUAGAAGAGCAGCGGGCUGAAGCUAUGGUGCAGAUCCAGGACUGUCUCCUGGCUGUCCAGGCCCCGCAGGCCCUUGUGCUCCUUAGGUCAGCCCGGGAGGUAUGGCCAGAAGGAGAUGUGUUUGGGUCUCAAGACAUUUCCCCAGAGGAAGAAAUACAGCUCCUGAGACAAAUCCUCACAGCUCCACUCCCCCGGCAGCAGGGGCCAGAAGAACCAAGGGCAGCAGAGGAAGAAGAAGAGGAAGAGGAAGAGGAGGAGGAAGAGUUGCAAGUGGUCCAGGUGUCAGAGAAAGAAUUUAGUUUUCUAGACUACCUGAAACGCUUUGCAUGCUCAGCUGUCGUCCGAGCCUACGUCCUGCUGUUGCGCAGCUACCGACAGAACAGUGCCCACACUAACCACUGCGUCAUCAAGAUGUUGCACCGGCUUGCCCACGACCUCAAAAUGGAAGCCCUCCUUUUCCAGCUCUCACUCUUCUGUCUCUUUAAUCGUCUGCUUAGUGACCCUGCCGCUGGGGCUUAUAAAGAGCUAGUGACUUUUGCCAAAUACAUCCUGGGCAAGUUCUUUGCACUAGCUGCGAUCAACCAGAAAGCCUUUGUGGAGCUGCUAUUCUGGAAGAACACAGCUGUAGUUCGGGAGAUGACUGAGGGCUAUGGCUCCGUGGAUGAUGGAUCUUCUAGUCGUAGAGCUGCUGCGUGGAGUCCAGAGGAGGAGGCCCAACUUCAGGAGCUGUUCCUUGCUCAUAAGGAUGUAGAAGGGCAAGAUGUGGUGGACAUCAUCUUGGCUCACCUGAAAAGUACCCCUCGAACACGCAAGCAGGUCAUUAACCACCUGGUACGGCUGGGACUGGCAGACAGUGUCAAGGACUUCCAAAGGAAAGGAACCCACAUUGUCCUUUGGACAGAAGAUCAGGAGCUGGAACUGCAGAGACUUUUUGAGGAGUUCCAGGACUCAGAUGAUGUUCUGGGUCACAUCAUGAAGAAUAUCACAGCCAAACGCUCACGGGCACGAAUAGUGGAUAAAAUACUGGCUCUGGGGCUGGUGACAGAACGACGAGAGCUAUACAAGAAACGCCGGAAGAAGAUGGCACCCUCCAGCUUGCCUAAUGGGGAAGAAUCCCUGAAAGAUUUUGGCCAGGAAGAUCUAGAAGAUGAGGAAAACCUGCCUGAGGAAGAAGAGAGUGAUGAGGAUGAAGAGAAAGAUGAGGACUUGGAAGCUGAACAAGCUCAGGGUAGCUCCGUCCUCUCAGCUGAAAGCCUUGGGCAAAGCUUGCAUCAGGAAGGCUUUUCUGCUCCCCUCCUGUGGCUCCAGAAUUGCCUGCUUCGAGCAGCAGAGGAUCGGGAAGAGGAUGGCUGCUCUCAGUCUGUUCCAUUGGUGCCGCUGACAGAAGAAAACGAGGAAGCAGUGGAAAAUGAACAGUUUCAACAGAUGUUACGCAAGCUUGGUAUUCGGCCUCCUGCCUCUGGGCAGGAAACCUUCUGGCGAAUUCCAGCCAAGCUGAGUCCCACCCAUCUCCGGAGGGUAGCAGCUUCUUUGCAGCAAGCAGAGGAAGGGGAAGUGCGUCAGCCAGGACUAGAAUCUAGAACCUCCAGAGACCUGAGCCCUGAGGAAGAGCACCAUGAGGAGGUGCACCCUGAAGAGGAGCACCUUACAGAGAACAGAGCACAAGCUCUGAAGGCCCUACAGUUAGCCCGGAAAAAGAAAGCAGGCCUGAAGACCUCAGCGGUCAUUUCAGAGGAAGACCCUGCUGGCAGGGAAGAGCAGCUGAAAGUGGCACCGAAGAAGCGACAGCUGCUGGACAGUGAUGAGGAAGAGGAGGAAGACGGGGAUGGGAGCAAAGCACCAGAGCCAGGAGCUUCAGGAACCCAAAAGAAGAAACGGUUUCAGAUAGACGAUGAGGAUGAGGAUGACUGAAGAGCUAGCAACCUCCGAGUACAAAGAGACCCAUAAUUAGGUGGUACUCUUAAAUCAGAGCCAGGAGGGUCACAUAGGGCCCAGAAACUCCUCUUUGGGGACAGAAGCAGCUGAGUCCUGAACCUCUGCCCAGGAAGCCUAAGCAGCAGCGCUGGGCUCCUAUACCAUCCCUCCUUAUUUCCCCAGUUAUAUUGUUGUGCCUCACUCACUGUAUAGAGACUUGUUCUUCUAGGAACUGUCUCUUUGGGUUAUUGCCCUCCUUUAGAAAAUGAGGGGAGGGGAGUCAGGCGGUAGUACAGUGGGUUAAGCGCACAUGGCGCAAAGCGCAAGGACCGACCUAAGGAUCCCGGUUCGAGCCCCCGGCUCCCCACCUGCUGGGCAGUCUCUUCACAGGUGGUGAAGCAGGUCUGCAGGUGUCUGUCUUUCUCUUUCGCUCUCUGUCUUCCCCUCUCCAUUCUCUCUGCCCUGUCUCAAUAACUACAACAACAAUUAAAAAACAAAAACAAGGGCAACAAAAGGGAAAGUAAAGAAAUAUUUAAAAAAGAAGAAGAAAAUUAGAGGAGUGAGUGAGUGAGUGAGUGAAAGGUACCUAAGAUACUCCAUAUUGGUCUGUUACUCUGGGCCUUUGCUGGAGUUGGGCCACAGCAGAGGGGGAGAUUGAUAGUAUGAUAAGUGAUCAUUUAUACCACUCAUUAAAAGGCUCCAGAUACUCCUAACCUUAUUUUCAGUCCUGUGAUGACUUCUAGACACCAGAUUGAGCCCAGUUCCCACAGCUGAGCUAGGGCUGGGCUGCAGCACUUUCCAGAUGAUGAAUGUGUUUGUGUUUGGUACUGAAUAAAAUGUGUGGAAUGGUGGUCCGGGAGGUGGCACAGUGGAUAAAGCAUUGGAUUCUCAGGCAUGAGGUCCCAAGUUCAAUCCCCGCAGCACACGUAGCAAAGUGAUGUCUGGUUCUUUCCCUCUCUCCUCCUAUCUUUCUCAC